AUGGCGACCGAACUACCUAGCCAACCCAACCGAAAUGAGGAGUACCGAGCUUUAUACGGAAAAUAUCUUGAACACUGCAACGCGCACAACUUCGAAGGCAUGAGAUCAUUCUACAAGAACCCUCUCAACGUUGACGGCAAACCACUGGCUCCUGAUACAGUGACAGCCCAAUUCGAGCCUCUGAUAGCAGCAUUUCCCGAUUGGCAGUGGCACUUAAAACACUUCGUCAUCCAGGGUGACUACCUUUCCCUUCACUUCAAAAUUACCGGCACGCACAAGGGUGGCUUUCGAGGAUACGAGCCCACCGGGCGUAAAAUUGAGAUCACCGAGUUUACCCUGUACCAUGUAGUUGAUGGAAUGUUCGCCGAGGUCUGGGAUCUGAUGGAUUUCGAUUCCUUGAUAGAGCAGAUCAAGUGA